AUGAGUAUGGCACUAAAGGUUCUGCUUCUACUUCUACUUCUACUUGUCUUCAGUCAUCAUGCUGAUUCUGGCUCUAUUGUCAAGUUUCUUCCUGGUUUUGAAGGCCCUCUUCCUUUUGAACUUGAAACCGGGUACAUUGGUAUUGGCGAGGACGAGAACGUGCAGUUAUUCUACUACUUUAUAAAAUCUGAGAAGAAUCCAAAAGAAGAUCCUCUUCUUUUAUGGUUAAAUGGAGGACCUGGAUGCUCUUCUCUGGAAGGCCUUCUUUUUGAAAACGGACCGGUGGCUAUGAAGGUUGAGGUUUACAAUGGAAGUCUGGUUUCUUUGGUGUCUACUGCAUAUUCAUGGACGCAGGUGGCAAACAUAAUAUACUUGGAUCAACCAGUUGGAGCAGGCUUCUCCUACUCAAGAACUUCACUUGGUAAAACUAGUGACACAAAUGAAGCUAAGAUGAUCCAUGAGUUUCUUCAAAAUUGGUUAAGCAAGCAUCCACAGUUUUUCUCCAACCCUUUUUACGCUACCGGAGAUUCUUAUUCCGGUAAGACUGUUCCGGCACUCGUUCAAGAAAUUUCACAAGGAAAUUAUAAAUGUUGCAAACCUCUCAUAAAUCUACAGGGUUAUCUGCUCGGAAACCCAGUAACAUAUCUUGAAUUUGAAGAAAACUAUCGUAUUCCAUUUUCUCAUGGAAUGUCACUAAUCUCUGAUGAACUCUACGAGUCACUGAAAAUAAACUGCAAGGGAAAUUAUGGAAAUGUGGAUCCACGUAACACAAAGUGUUUGAAACUUGUUGAAGAAUACCAUAAGUGCACUGACCAAAUAAAUUCACAACUUAUAUUAUUACCUGAUUGCGAUGACAAAAGAAAUCCAAAGAAUACAUCUCCAGAUUGCUAUUAUUAUCGUUAUUAUCUCAUUGAAUGUUUGGCCAACAACGAGAGAGUUCGCGAAGCUCUUCAUGUUAAAACGGGGACCAAAGGACAUUGGCAGCGAUGUAACUGGACUAUUCCAUACAAUCAGGAUAUUAUAAGCAGCGUACCAUAUCAUUUGAAUAUCAGCCUCAGCGGAUACCGAUCUCUUGUAUAUAGUGGUGAUCAUGACAUCUCGCUGCCAUUCCUAGCAACUCAAGCCUGGAUCAAAUCUCUGAAUUACUCCAUCAUUGAUGACUGGAGGCCUUGGAAGAUAAAAGAUCAAAUCGCUGGAUACACGAGGACCUAUUCCAAUAAAAUGACAUUUGCUACUAUCAAAGAAAGUCUUCAUGGGGGUGGACACACGGCGGAGUAUAAACCGGACGAGACAUUUAUCAUGUUCCAAAGGUGGAUCAGUGGACAUCCUUUGUAA